AAUCUGAAAUUAUCUCAACAUGGCUUCAACGAGAAUGAUGAUUCAAUCAAGAUGAAUAAGGAGAAAAUUGACAACAUGCCGAUGACGUAUGGUGAUGAAGUCAUUGAAAAUGGAAUAAUGAUUAAUUCAGAUAGUCUAGAGAAGGAUUUAAAGAAAGAU